GGUUCCUUAGGCAAAAGGACUGGGUACAUCGCCUGUCCGGAGGUUUAUAAAAAUCCCUCCAGGUUGCUCAGAACGGGAUCUGAAACCCCUCCACGUAUCCUUUGUGCUCACCUCUUUCUUCAUUGCCUCCUGAGAAUCGCGAGGAGCACUUAGAGAAGACCUGGAGGUGGGGCCACCCGCUGCCCCAGACUCUCUUGGUGCCCAGUCACCUCGGUGCCCCCGGUAGGGUGCGAUUGGCGAUUGGGGCAGGAAACCCCCGAGGAGGCACGGGAUCCGUCAGGGCAGGGCAGGACCAGCGGCUCUCGGAUCAGGGCGGAACCAAUAUCUGACCCGGACAGGUAAAACCAGGCGGCGGUGGCAGCGGCGAAGCCAGGCGGCGGGCAGGGCAGGCAGAAGCGAUCUGCACAUCUGUGGCCGGCACCCCUCGGCGCCGCCGGACACCAUGAGCGGCCGAGUAGGGGACCUGAGCCCCCAACAACAGGAGGCGUUGGCCAAGUUCCAGGAGAACCUCCAGGACCUGCUACCCACCUUGCCCAAGGCUGAUGACUACUUCCUCCUGCGCUGGCUUCGAGCUCGAAACUUCGACCUGCAGAAGUCAGAGGACAUGCUCCGGAAGCACAUGGAGUUCCGGAAGCAACAGGACUUGGACAACAUCCUUUCAUGGCAGCCCUCAGAGGUGGUCCAGCGGUAUGACUCGGGCGGUCUGUGUGGCUACGACUAUGAAGGCUGUCCUGUGUGGUUUGAAAUCAUUGGGACCCUCGACCCCAAGGGUCUUCUCCUGUCAGCCUCCAAGCAGGAGCUGAUCCGGAAACGCAUCAAGGCCUUUGAGUUGCUUCUGCAGGAGUGUGAGCUGCAGAGUCAAAAGCUGGGUAGGAAGAUUGAGAUGGUGCUGCUGGUGUUUGACAUGGAGGGACUGGGCCUGAAACACCUGUGGAAGCCAGCAGUGGAGGUCUACCAGCAGUUUUUUGCCAUGGUGGAAGCAAAUUAUCCUGAGACAAUGAAGAAUUUAAUUGUUGUUCGAGCCCCCAGACUUUUCCCAGUGGCCUUCAACUUGGUUAAAUCGUUCAUGAGUGAGGAGACACGCAAGAAGAUAGUGAUUUUGGGAGACAACUGGAAGCAAGAGCUGUCAAAGUUCAUCAGCCCCGACCAGCUGCCUGUGGAGUUUGGGGGGACUCUAACUGAUCCAGAUGGCAACCCCAAGUGCAUAACUAAGAUCAACUACGGGGGUGAGGUGCCCAAGAGCUACCACCUGUGCAAGCAGGUGAGGAUGCAGUAUGAGCACACAGUGACCGUGGGCCGUGGCUCCUCCCAGCACGUGGAGAAUGAGAUCCUGUUCCCAGGCUGUGUGCUCAGGUGGCAAUUUGCAUCAGAUGGUGGAGACAUUGGCUUUGGGAUUUUCCUGAAGACCAAGAUAGGGGAGCGGCAGAGCGCUGGGGAGAUGACAGAGGUGCUGCCCAGCCAGCGCUACAAUGCCCACCUGGUGCCUGAGGAUGGGAGCCUCUCCUGCUUCAAGGCCGGUGUCUAUGUCCUGCGCUUUGACAACACCUACAGCCUGCUGCAUUCCAAGAAUAUCAGCUAUACUGUGGAGGUGCUGCUCCCUGACAAGACAUCUGAGAAGAAACUGCAGAGUCUCAAUGCAGCGAAACCCUCCCCAGUACAUUGAGUACCCUGACUGUCCUGCUCUCUCCAACCCCUUUAUACCCUGCUCCUUGCUCCUGCCUUCCCAGGUAUUGAUGGUCACAGAGAGCCAUCUAUCCCACAUCAUCAUCUCAGCCCACUGUGGGCCCAUUUGCAUAGUGGCCAAGCAGUGGGGAGGAAACCAGAUGAGCUUCUCAUCCCCUGUUCCUAGAGAGUGAGAAUAGCAUGACCCCGAGUUCACCAAGAAGGUUCCUCCCACAAGGUCUACCCAUCCCAGCAUUUACCCAUGCUUGGUGUCCUAGCUUGGGGCAGGGGGUAUAUGUGAGCACCAGAUUUGUCAGGGAGCACUGCUAAGUGCAGGCUUAAAGAGCAGGGAAGCCCCAUUUUCUGCACGCAGGAGGUCAAAAGGAAUAGGAAAGGCCGGCUGAGGUAGCUGGGUAGAAGAUGGGGCAGGAGUAGGAGGCUCAGGUCCAGCUGAGCAACAGGGCCUCUUUAAGCUUGUUCUCCUGCCUUUUAGGGAAAGACAGAAAUGAAGAGGCAGGACCCUGCAGGGGUACCAUCAGUGCUGGGGGAAGCCAUGCUGAGCCCUUACAAAGUUGGGUAGAUAAAGAUUGAGUCUCCAUUGACCUCUCUUCCCCUCCACACUUGUUGGGGUUUUGCCACAUUCAGCUCUGGUUCUUUGUGGAUCGAGUAGGGGCCAAGACCAAAGCACAGUUAGAAGCAGGUGUCAUGGUGCUGGGAUAAAGAGUGUGAGCUGCCACCUCAGGGUGCUCAUGCUGGUCUCAGACUUACUUCUUGGAGAACCAUUCAACUCUUCCUCCAUUUUUGUAUCUUAUCAAGGGGAGAAUAGAAAGUCUGCUGCCAAUGUCCCCCCACUUUUGUGAUCCAGGAGCUGGCUAUAAUGGCAAUGGUUGCUCUAAGACUGACCCUCCUGGUACCCAGUUAGGACAGCCACCUCCUCUGCAGUGUGGACUGUACCCCACAGAGUAGACCUCGCCCAGGAAUGAGUUGAGGAAGCCAUCAACUUGAGCUAGUGUAUUGGUGGGUUGACUCUGGGUGGCAGUGAGGCCAUCACCUGGAGCCUGGGAGCCCAGGUUAUGCUGCCCUGCACCCUGGUCUCUGGCUAGGCCAUGCCAGGGGCCACCAAUAUUUCAAAAGACUGUGUCCCACCCAGGUGGGCUUAGUCUCUGGCUCAGAAUCACUGAUCCUGCCCUCUUGGUCUUUUUGCAUUGCUAUCCCACUUGGCAAGCAUACUGAGUACCCAGCUAUAUCCCCUGGAGUGAGUGGUCAGAUGUUGCUGUAAAAGGGAUCUCUGCUGCAAAGCAUUAGCAUUCUGGUUGCCACAGCCCCUCCCAGAGACCAGAAGGUCUCAGCACAUGCCACCCGGCCAGGCACUUUACAAAAAGAUGCCAGGCACCAGCCCCUUUUCUUCUCUCAAGAUUCUGUGAUUUCAUUUUCUUCAGUUGAUAGGUGCUUUCUGUUACCCAAGAUGUAUUUUAAGAGACAAAAUGAUGAGGCUGAGGAAGGCAAGGAGUCUUUAGGAGAGCCCUGUGGGAGUUUCAGCUCCCUAUCCCUCCUGGCCCCUGCAACUGGGGCAGCUGUUUUGUUCAUGGCUUGGAAUCUGAGCAGGAGCUCUGUUGCAAUAAAAAAAUAAACUAAACUGAACUUCUAAA